UGCUUACCUUGAACACACAAUCUUGUUUCCCUCGCAAACUUCUAUAAAAACGCAUUAAACUUAAGAACCAGUGUGAAAUUUGCGAAAAAACAGAAGAGAUUCACUCUAAUUGAACUCCGUUUGUGUGAAAGUAUUUAGCUAAGGCAAAAUGGUCGAACGUAUCGAAGAUCUUAAUCUGCCUAAUACCGUUGUUACUCGUUUGAUGAAGGAGGCUCUACCGGCAGAUGUAAAAAUUGCCAGUGAAACACGAACGGCGUUGACCCGUGCUACUUCAGUGUUUGUGCUGUACCUGACCUCGGCGGCAACGGCCGUAGCUCAAAGAAACAAACAGAAAACUCUCAGCGUAGAUCACAUUUUUGGUGGUUUGGAGGAAAUCGAGUUUGAUAGUUUUAUUAAGCCAUUGAAGAAAGAUCUGGAAAAUUAUCGGAAAUUAGUCAAAAAUAAGAAGGAGAAAAAAGACAAAACAGAAACAGAAGAGGCCCCUGAGGAUGAAAACGUAGGCGACUGAUGGAGCUCUAGAAGCAAUUCGUUGUGAACGGGAAAAUUUUUAAUAUGACUACAUUAUUAUAGCUGCUACUCUACAUAAUUUUAAAAGGGAAAUAUUUGUUUGCACCUAAUUAAGAUUGAAAAUAUGAAAUACACCUUUCAACAAGCUGCUGAAUAAGUGUCAAACGAAUAUGAAUAAUGAAAUUGCCUAAUUAAAAACUUUAUUACAAACUA